UUGUAUAUGUUAAAUUCUCCGUAUCCAUAAUUGAAUAGAAGAAGGCAAAAUAAUUGUUAAGUGAUAUAUUAUCAAUUUAUGCAAAAUCGUAGCAUAUGGCAAGUUGAAGUCAAUGAGAAAACCUCUCUGUCGUUGCAAACGAUUUUCAUAGUCGGUUCUUAUUGAGUCGUUUGGGUUUAUUAAACGAUACAGUGUAUUGCGGUAGUUAGUAAAAUGCCUGAAUUUCCGCCGGAAACACCAGUUUCAAGUGAAACUCAUCGCGGUACUACUUUGAAUAUUGCGAGUGGAACGCGUUCCUCCACUCCAAAUUUUGGUCAUACGAAUCGUUGUACGAUUGCGGUGAUUGUCUACUUUGCUUUAUUAUUGGAUAAUGUUUUACUCACAGUUAUUGUGCCUAUUUUACCGGGUUAUCUAGCCUCCAUUGACAAUAAAACACAUUAUACUUCACUGGACACAGUCGGCGGUUUUAAUGCUGCCACAAGUCAAAGUGGCAGCGCAAUAUUACCACAAAAUAUAGCAUAUAGAAAUCUGGAUGGUUCGCCAAAUCUACAAGCAGUUUUAACAAAACAUCCCAUUCCCGCAGGAAAAUCAAUGGUGAACUUCACACUACCACCUACAGCAAUCGAGGACAAGUCUGCCUCUGCAGCCACAACAGCAGCACAAAGGCAAAUUAAACAUCUGGUGAGUAGCGGAAAUGGCACAACCAUAAAAAAUAUAACAGCCGGAAACAACAAUACCGUUAACAAUUCGUCAAAUGGCAGACGUGAUGAAGGAAAAAAUGGAAGAAACACCAUGGAUACACUCUCGAGUGAGAAUGGUUCAAUUGGUAUUUUGUUGGCUAUGAAAGCAUUAGUUCAAUUGAUUUUUAAUCCAAUUGUGGGUAACUUAUCUAGCAAACGUUUCGGUUAUCGUGUACCCAUAGUUGCUGGAACAUUUUUUCUCUUGGUGUCAUCCUUAGUUUUCGCUAUUGGAGAAGCGUACUUUACGCUUUUACUUGCACGUGCUAUACAAGGUAUUGGUUCGGCUUGCAUUGGAGUCUGUGGCAUGAGUUUAGUGGCACAAAGUUAUCCAGAGGAGGGGCGUCGUUCUAAAGUAAUGGGCAUCAUUUUGGGUAGCAUUGCGUUGGGCGUAUUAUUGGGUUAUCCAUUUGGUGGCAUACUUUAUGAUUUAAUUGGAAAGUCGGCACCAUUUAUUAUACUAUCGGCAAUCAUAUUUCUCAACUUAGCUAUGCAAUUGGUAACAAUGGAUUUAUCAGUACAACCUGAGUUAAUCGCUGAUGCUGGUGAACAAAAACAACAAAAAUGGCAGCCAAUCAUACAAAAUAAAAUGAUAAUGGCCAUUGUCAUUGCUCUAUGGUUAUCUACGUCUACAAUGGCUAUAUUGGAACCUUGUCUCCCAAUUUGGUUACUGCAGUAUAUAAAACCAACAAACUGGCAACUAGGCACUGUUUUUAUACCAGAUUCAGUUGGAUAUUUUGUAGGUACAAAUUUUUUUGGUACUGUUGCCUAUAAAUACGGACAAGUCAAGGUUUCCUGUAUAUCACUUCUAUUAGUUGGUAUAUCAUCUAUACUGAUACCAAGUGCUACGACUGUGGCGCAAUUGCUGCUUCCACAUUUCGGACUAGGUUUAGGAAUAGGAAUUAUUGAUGCAGCGCUAGUACCAUUGUUAGCAACUUUUGUUGAUUCUGCUAUGCCGCAAGAUGAGCAAAUAGAUGCAGAUAAUUUGGCUAAUACAAAUUCAAUGUCCAGCUAUGGCACCGUUUAUGCCAUACAGCAAACUUCUGUUAGUCUUGCUUACGGUUUAGCUCCAUUGAUAGGCGGUGAAUUAGCACAAGCAUUAGGUUUUGCUUGGAUAAUGCGCAUAGUCGGCUUUUUUAAUAUGUUAUAUGGUCCAGUACUUGUGUGCCUUUAUCAAAAAUAUGAUCCAAAGACAAUGCGAGAAAAGCAGAAUGAACUGCUUUUAACCAAUACUGGACGUGGUUCGCAGUAUAAGCAACUCUAUAAUUCAAUCGAUGCAGAAUGAAAAGGAUUAUUGACCUAUAGCACGUUGAAAACAAUAUAGCAAUAUCAUCAUUAAAUGGCACAUUUUUAAGCUAGUUUUACUUUAUGUUUAAUUUACUUUACUUUAAAAUAAUGUUUUCUUAU